UUUCGGGAUGUCGUUUUGAGUCUCGCGAAAUAGCCUCUACAAUACAUGGGGAGUUUGCUACAUCGGCGUGUAUUCCAAGCAAAUAAAUACCUCUUCUCUCCAUCUACAUUCAAUAACUUGAGGAUUGUGUGUUUACCGGUUGGUUUAGCUGCUGGUUUGUUCAGUACAGCCAUGGCUGAAGGUGGUAAAGCCGCUACUUCGAUAUGUGAGUUUGAAGCGAAAGACAUCGAUGGAAACGACGUCUCGUUGUCGAAAUACAAAGGGUUUGUUACUUUGAUUGUGAAUGUGGCCUCUAAAUGAGGGUUUACGAAGAAGAACUACACUCAGCUACAAGAACUGCACACACGGUAUGCUGAGAAAGGUCUUCGAAUUCUUGCUUUUCCUUGCAACCAAUUUGGAAGUCAGGAACCUGGUAUAAAUGAAGAAAUCAAAGAGUUUGCAAAAGGAUAUAAUGCUGAAUUUGACAUGUUUAGUAAGAUAAAUGUGAAUGGUUCUGAUGCUCACCCCCUUUAUGUGUUCCUUAAGAAAGCAAAGAAAGGUACACUCACUGACAACAUCAAGUGGAAUUUCACAAAGUUUCUUUGUGAUAAAGAAGGCAUCCCUGUUAAGCGUUAUGCACCAAACACAGCACCACUAGACAUUGUGAAAGAUAUUGAAAAAGAGCUAAACAAUUAACUAACUCAGCCUAGUUAGUGAAAAAUAUGAUGAUUAUUUAGAGGUUUUCAAUUUUUAUUCUUUUUAAAUCAGCUUAACAAAAUAUAAUUCAUGAACAUCUUAAGAAAUUGUUCAUGAAGUAUAAGUCUUACUCAAAUGGCAGCUUUGACAGUGUUUACGCUCACAAGUACGUACUUAACACUUAUUGACUGGUACCAGGGGAAAAGGUGUGUUUUGUGGUCCCGAGACAGCAAUGUUUCACAAGAUGAAGCCGAGGGAAACAUUGCCGUCGAGGGACCACRAAACACACUGCUUUCUGGAGGUUGAAGUCAUAAUACGUUUUGUUAUGUACCAAGUGUCAAAGGGAAAAAAGCAGUUUUUUGAUUUUUUGAUUAUUUAAUUUCAAAAAAAAACCACACAUUUAUGGGAAAAUCUUCCCUGGUAUUGUUAUUACCGGUCAACAACAUAUCAUUGCCAGUUGAAAGCAGUUACCAAGGAAAUGUUCACGUGAUACCCUCUUGCCCAAUCAGAGUAUGAUAAAAAUGGACUUUGAUAGUUGGUAUAUAACGAUACUCUUUGUUUAACCGACAUAACAGCAUAGUUCAGACCAAUACUAUAUAAUAAUUUUUUGGCAUAUUUAAUGAAGUUCUAUCUUGGGGCAGCUUUUUGACAGUAUUAUUAAUAAUGGAUCAUGACAGUCUGUCUAAUACUCAGUAUUCCAUUGCUUUUUUCUGUGAUGAUGAUGUUUUGAUCGUCAACUCAACUCAUUUGAGUAGAUUGGAACUGAUGAAUUUUGGUCAGUGCAGGAACAAAAUGCACAGAACAGCAAUAUAGCAUUCAAGUGUAGUCAUUCUCUAAUGUUUCAGAUUAAUAGUCUUGUAUUUCUUCAUUUGAAAACUCAAUAAUGUUGAAUAAAAACUAAAUCAAUAUCUGAUAAAAUUGAGAGUAAGAUUCUGAUUUGAUACUGAUUGCACGACCUUAGCCUUGUGUUUGAAAUAAAAGGUUUGAAAAGACCACCAAA